AUCAGCUGUGUCCAAUCACAGCUGAUCGCAUAGGGGACAUGUACACUGAUCAUCAGGGCACUGAUGAUCAGUGUAGCCCCAUCAGUGCCACCUGUCACUGUCCAUCAUUGCCACCUGUCAGUGCUCAUCAGUGCCACAUCAAUGACACAUAUCAGUGCCCAUCUGAGCUGCCUUUCAGUGCCACCUAUCAGUGCCAGUCAGUGUUGCCUAUCAGUGCUGCCAAUCAGUGCCACCUAUCAGUGCUGCCAAUCAGUGCCGCCUAUCAGUGCUGUCAAUCAGUUCCGCCUAUC